GGUCAAUCAUGACAAGGUAAACAUUUGCAAUGCUACACAUGUCCACGGAGACAGAGCUCAUAGUCAUCCCCAUCCUGUCAAGCACUACCUCAUCGUUCUCUCUCGGCGCUGCCCCCCUUUUCCUGUUUUCUUCUUCUCCUACAAGAGAGAACAGCUAAAUGGAUCCUAAUCUUUCAAAGUUCCCGAUUCUGUCUUACAUCCUUUCCGAACAAGAUCCCUACACUUACCCAUCACUCCCUCCCCAGACCCACCAUAAUUUAUUCACCCAUUUCCCCCAUUUAACCGACCCUAGAAUCCUUGCUUCACUCUCGCAAUCCAUCCCCGCCACUGUCACCCAAACCCACUUCCUCCUCCGCUCCCUAGGUUCUCGACCCGACCCAUCAGCAGUCUCCUCCGCCCGCUCCAAGAUUACCCAGAUACAAGAAACCCAAUCUUCCUCGGGGGAGGCCGAGAUAUACAAGGCGGUGAUCAGAAUGGAAGAGAUGCACGAGGAUUACGAGAGACAGUUGACUGAGGUGGAGGAGAACCUGACUCGUAUUUACCGGUCGGCUAUGGAAGAAAUGGGAGGUGAAGAUGAAGUAAAUGAGGAAGUUGUAAGGAUAUUGAAAGAAGCUGAGAAUGGGGUGGUUGAAAGAGUUGAGCUUUCUGGGAGGCAGUUGAGGCUGUUGCCUGAGGCCUUUGGGAAACUUCAUGGUUUGGUUUAUCUCAAUCUUUCCAAUAACCAGAUAGAGGUCAUUCCUGAUUCAAUAGGAGGGCUCAAGAAACUCGAGGAGCUUGACGCAUCUUCCAAUCUCUUGCAAUAUCUGCCUGACUCCAUUGGCUUGUUGCUUAAUCUGAGGAUCCUCAAUGUGUCUGGAAACAAGCUAAAUGCCCUUCCUGAAAGCAUUGCUAGAUGCAGUUCACUGCUGGAGUUGGAUGCAAGCUUUAACAACUUGUCAUGUCUGCCAACAAACAUUGGGUAUGGACUCCUAAAUCUUGAAAAGCUCUCAAUCCAGCUGAAUAAGCUCCGCUUCCUGCCAACAUCAAUCUGUGAAAUGAGGUCCCUGAGAUAUCUGGAUGCUCAUUUCAAUGAGCUUCAUGGCGUGCCUCAAGUGAUUGGGAGAAUGACAAACCUUGAAGUCCUGAACCUAAGUAGUAAUUUUAAUGACUUCACAGACCUUCCUGAAACUAUUAGUGAUCUAAUUAAUCUCAGGGAACUUGAUCUUAGCAACAAUCAAAUCCGAGCUCUACCUUACACAUUUGGCCGCCUUGGAAAACUAUCAAAGCUCAAUUUGGACCAGAAUCCACUCAUAGUGCCUCCAAUGGAGAUAGCAAAUAAGGGAGCUGAUGCUGUCAAAGAGUUUAUGUCUAAGAGGUGGCACGACAUAAUCACAGAGGAGCAAAGGAGAAUGACUCUUGAAACAAGUAAUCAGCAAGCUCAGACGGGAUGGUUGUCAUGGGGAACUUCAUUGGUGAGUAACGUUGUCUCUGGGGUUUCCCAACGUGUUGGAGGAUAUCUGAGCGGGCCAAAGACUCCUAGGGAUCCAUAUCUGGAUCAACAACUGUGAUUUCUUGGGGGUCAGCAUAAUUUUCUGGGAGGUUGUGUACAUAAAUUUGUCGCAUAUAUAGUUGUUACGAGUGCCGUUGGUCCACCUAAGAGAGCAGCUUUGCAUCUACUAGUACGAUCUGUGUAAAUGUGCUCUGUAAUAAAGAGGAUACGUUGUAUUUCCCUACAUAUAUUCGUGAGAGCUGAACGGACGUGUUGAGAUUUGAAUGAAGUGGCUUUGAAAGUGUCCCCCAGUGGCUCCUUUAAGCUCCCAACCCCAAAAUGAAUACUAAAUCCGAGUAUGUAUCUGAUUCUGGUAGGGUACUUAUCUUUUGACUGGCUGUUUAUUUCCUUUGCGAUGAAAACUAUGUGAAUAAAUUCCCCUGUUUCUCGGUUU